GCCAAUUCUCCCCCUGUGAUUGUCAACACGGAUACCCUAGAAGCCCCAGGAUAUGUGAACGGGACAGAGGGGGAGAUGGAAUACGAGGAGAUCACAUUGGAAAGGGGUAACUCAGGUCUGGGCUUCAGCAUCGCAGGUGGUACUGACAACCCGCACAUUGGUGACGACCCAUCCAUUUUCAUCACCAAGAUCAUUCCUGGUGGGGCUGCAGCCCAGGAUGGCCGCCUCAGGGUCAAUGACAGCAUCCUUUUUGUGAAUGAAGUGGAUGUUCGGGAGGUGACCCAUUCAGCUGCGGUAGAGGCCCUCAAAGAAGCAGGUUCCAUCGUUCGUCUCUAUGUCAUGCGCCGGAAACCCCCAGCUGAGAAGGUCAUGGAGAUCAAGCUCAUCAAAGGGCCUAAAGGACUUGGCUUCAGCAUCGCAGGGGGUGUAGGGAACCAGCACAUCCCUGGAGAUAAUAGCAUCUACGUAACAAAGAUCAUCGAAGGAGGUGCUGCCCACAAGGAUGGCAGGUUGCAGAUUGGAGACAAGAUCCUGGCGGUCAACAGUGUGGGGCUAGAGGACGUCAUGCACGAGGACGCCGUGGCAGCCCUGAAGAACACAUAUGAUGUUGUCUACCUAAAGGUGGCCAAGCCCAGCAAUGCCUACCUGAGUGACAGCUAUGCUCCCCCAGACAUCACAACCUCAUAUUCUCAGCACCUGGAUAAUGAGAUCAGUCAUAGCAGCUACUUGGGCACCGACUACCCCACAGCCAUGACCCCCACCUCCCCUCGGCGCCCGGUGGCCAAGGACCUGCUUGGGGAGGAAGACAUUUCCCGGGAACCAAGGCGAAUUGUGAUCCACCGGGGCUCCACAGGCUUGGGCUUCAACAUCGUGGGUGGCGAGGACGGUGAAGGCAUCUUCAUCUCCUUCAUCCUUGCUGGGGGCCCUGCUGACCUCAGUGGGGAGCUGCGGAAGGGGGAUCAGAUCCUAUCGGUCAAUGGUGUUGACCUCCGCAAUGCCAGCCAUGAACAGGCCGCCAUUGCCCUGAAGAACGCGGGUCAGACGGUCACGAUCAUUGCUCAGUAUAAACCAGAAGAGUAUAGCCGAUUCGAGGCCAAGAUCCAUGAUCUUCGGGAACAGCUUAUGAAUAGUAGCCUGGGCUCAGGGACUGCAUCCCUACGGAGCAACCCCAAGAGGGGCUUCUAUAUCAGGGCCCUGUUUGAUUACGACAAGACCAAGGACUGCGGUUUCUUGAGCCAGGCCCUGAGCUUCCGCUUUGGGGAUGUGCUUCACGUAAUUGACGCUAGUGAUGAAGAGUGGUGGCAAGCACGGCGGGUCCACUCUGACAGUGAGACCGAUGACAUUGGCUUCAUUCCCAGCAAACGACGGGUUGAGCGACGAGAGUGGUCAAGGUUAAAGGCCAAGGACUGGGGCUCCAGCUCUGGAUCACAGGGUCGAGAAGACUCGGUUCUGAGCUAUGAGACAGUGACGCAGAUGGAAGUGCACUAUGCCAUUAUCCUUGGGCCCACCAAAGACCGUGCCAAUGAUGACCUUCUCUCCGAGUUCCCCGACAAGUUUGGAUCCUGUGUCCCUCAUACGACGCGUCCCAAGCGGGAAUAUGAGAUAGAUGGCCGGGAUUACCACUUUGUCUCCUCCCGGGAGAAAAUGGAGAAGGACAUUCAGGCGCACAAAUUCAUUGAGGCUGGCCAGUACAACAGCCACCUCUACGGGACCAGUGUCCAGUCUGUGCGAGAGGUAGCAGAGCAGGGAAAGCACUGUAUCCUGGAUGUGUCGGCCAAUGCCGUGCGGCGGCUGCACUAAACUGGAGCAGGAGUUCACAGAGUGCUUCUCAGCCAUCGUGGAGGGCGACAGCUUUGAGGAGAUCUACCACAAAGUGAAGCGCGUCAUUGAAGACCUCUCAGGCCCCUACAUCUGGGUCCCAGCCCGAGAGAGACUGUGAUUCCUGCCCUGGCUUGGCCUGGACUCACUCUGCCUCCAUCACCUGGGCCCUUGGUCUGGACUGAAUAGCCCAGCCCCCCUUCCCACCCUUCUUAUUUAUUUCCUUUCUAACUGGAUCUAGCCCAUUGGAGGGGGGACACUCCUCUGCAUGUAUCCCUGUACCCCAAAACAGGGCUCUUGGACCCUGGGAACCUGGGGCCUGGGGGGAGCUGGGCUCCUGGUUCUGAGCCCCUCCUCCUUACCACCCCUACCCCUGCCGCCCCCAUGCACACACAGACCCACUGGGGGCCUCUGCCCUCCCCAUUUUCUCCCACAUACAUUCCAGAAGUCAGGGCCCCUCUCAAGGAGUACCCGCUGUGGGGAUGCAGGGCCACAGGCUUCCACGUUCUCCUGAGGCAGGGGCUGGGGUCACCCCUGCCCCAUCAUCACUCCCCAUGUCAUUUGAUUUCUCAUUUAUUUUCUCCAGUUUUCUUCUCAAAGGUGGUUUUUGGGGGGGAGAAGUAAGGGACUCUGCUGUGGGUUCCCUGUCUUCCACAUGCCUCCCACCUUUUUCUUUGCCGGUUUGCAUGAGUGGAAGGUCUAACUGUGGCUUUUUUUUUUUUAUUUCUGGGAUUUUUUCUCUUUUUUUUCUUUUCUUUUUUUUGGGGGAAAGGGGAGGGAUGGG